CUUCCGUUUAGAGAGAGUGAAAAAGAGAGGCAGCUGUCAACUAUCAUCGGGAGUGGAAAUUAAUAAUGGAUUUACACUGAUUUAACAAACAAUUGAUUUCUAAUGAUUAAAAAGAUAAGUGUAGAUGGACAUGGAGACUAUUACUGCUAGAAAAGACAUAUCCGGGAUGACUAAAGUGGACAUGGAGGAGUAUUUUGAUGAUGUGGAGGUGGAAUCUCUUUACAGCUGGAUUGACAGAAUCCCUCUUUCAAGACCGAAGAAAAAUAUGUCAAAAGACUUUUCUGAUGCAGUUCUAGCAGCGGAGGUGAUCAAGCACUACUUUCCAAGAAUGGUUGAAGUCCACAACUAUACGCCAGCCGCCAACACAAAACAGAAGCUGGAGAAUUGGUACCUGCUAAAUAGACGAGUGUUAAAACGACUGGAGCUAGAUCUCUCCGACGAUGUAUUGCGGGCAUUAGCAAAUGGAAAACCCAAAGUGAUAGAACGAGUUCUUAUGUUAAUACGGCUACAGAUAGACAAGUUCCUUGAGAAAACAGGUAGGGACCAGUCAUGGCGUCGAAAGGAGCUGUAUCAUACCAACCCUGAUCCAGUGUACUUAAGACUCCGGUUAAAUUCUCCACCACCAUCUCACCCCAACACGCCCCCUGGAAUAAAAUCACCACGUGGUGCUCCAGAAACGUCAUUACGCUCCAUGUCACCGACAAAUAACCGAGUAACAAAAUCAGAAGGCGCCGCCUCUCCUAGAAAAUACCAGAAAGGGGAGAUACCUCACGCACACCCGGAUAGAACAACGCCGUUUUCCUACCACGACACAUUGUUAUCACACAGAGCUAUUGAACAUUACCCAAUAUCUAGACUUAGUCGAGUAGAGAUGCAGUAUUACGCGCCACACGAUAAGCGGUAUAGGUCGUAUUUUGCGGACAAGCCCCUCCCGAUAAUGCCAAAGGCGUUUAUUCCUCCCGUGUCAGACAACAUUCCCCGUAUCAUGUAUGAGGAGAAGGAGAUGGAGUGCCAAGCGAAGGAAGAAACUAUACAGAUCAUGAAUGCCAAGAUCCGGCGACUGGAACACCUUCUGCACCUGAAGGACGUACGGAUCGAGGACCUCCAUUCGACGCUGCAGCAGACUGUGGGGCUUGGGUACUCCACGAGGAAGAGAUAACUCCGCCAAUACUCCUCUACCAGCGUUGUUCUUGUAUCAUUGCACGACAGCAUGUGGUUCAUGUUGGUCUUACAAUAAUUUCGUGAUGUUGGGCUAUGGUCGUAGGUCUUGUACAGUCCUUGGGGGCAUAGUUUAACUCUUAUUAAGAGCCCCCUUCCCCAGAGAAAACACACAAAAACAGCAAUCUUGUGCGUUACCAACGGUUGUUUAUUGGUCCUCGUCCCUGCUCUCUGGUGUUUGUCAUCAUCGAUUAAAUCUCAGAUCAAUGAGUAGGAUCAGUCAAAGCAUUAUAGGGGCAGCCCUCUUUUUUGAACACAGCAAUAAAUGGCAAAAAGCCAACAAACAAUACACAGUGAAUUUGAUAGCCUACUGUGGCACCAGGGCCAUAAAAUAGGACAUUCCUUAAACAAGCCCUUUAAACUUUACUUUACUCAGCUUACGUUGAACUUCAACGUCUGCCUAAGUAUUCGGGCGGAACCAAGAAUCAUGUACCAUCAUAUGCGAUAUGUGAAAUCAAUAACCUACUGUUAGUUGAGAAUGUUACAAUAAACUUAUGAUUAUAGCUUAAACUUAAAUAUUAAAACUAAGAUCAACAUGAACCACCUGCAUGGUGUUUCUUAGCUCUCUGUAUGAAUGUCUGGGAGUCCAAACUAUUUUUGUACCUUGUUGUGAAUGACAAUACGAAUGGUUAUUUAGAACUUUAAUAAAUUUCUUUUUACAUUGAUUUUAGUAUAUUUGUGGUAACCGCUUUCUGUGAUAUAUAUGAAAAAGUGAGGUUUCCAUGUAUUAUUUUGUAAAUGGAUAUUCAUCCAUCUUCUCGUUGUUUCGUUUAUGAUCGCCAAGUUUCGGGAUGAUGUUAUCGGACAGUUUCAGAUGUUAAACGGUGACGUUCGGCAUGUAGGAGACUAUUCGUAACUAAUACAAGUAAAAUGUCCCUUUGAUAACAACUUACGAGUGAACUUGGGUAGAGAACUAACAUUUACAUGACAAUUAGGAAGAUGUGAGAAAUGGGCAUACUUUUGUAAUGUCGUUACGCUCAUAGAUACAGUUCUCCUGGUGUGUAGAUAUUUCAUUACGUAUUCACAAUCAUGUGGAAUAUCCUUGUAUCAUAAUGCUCAAUGUUUAUUAUGGAAUGUUCUUAUUAUAUUUGUUGCACUUGUAACUCAUACAAAGGCGUUUCAUUAUGCAAUUGUUUCCUUUCCAGUCUUUGUCUAUUCAUGUAGAUAUGUCCUUGUUGUAUGUAGUCACCAGUAGUAAUCGUUUUCAUUACAUAACAUUGUAAUACUGUUUAAUAUGGCCAUUAGGAACCACUAAUACAAACUAUUUGUGAAAGGCAAAAAAACAUGAUAUGAGCUGCAGUUGAGUCUCUAAAAAACUUAAAUGUUAAACCAAUCAUGAACUCACUCUUGUAAUCAACCGAAUGUAACUCCGCAUUUUAAAUAUUGUUCAGGCAGACAUUACUAACUAGGAAAAUAAAACUUUGUCAAACAUAAAAUCAAUAAAUCCUACAAUAAAUAUAUGCUUGAUAUUUCGUGUAAUGUUAUAUCAGAUAUUUAUCUGGGUAGAACGGCUUUUUGUUUUAUUAUCAAACAUGCCCUUGAUUUGAUAAUUUUUUUUGAAAAGUGUUUUUAAAUUCUGAUAUUGAAGUUUCUUGUUAUCUCAUUUUGCUUGUUUUUCCAUAUAUUCAUAUGCUUAAAGGUUGAUGGGACAAUUACUUUAUUUAUUUUAAAGUGUCAACACAGGUGAUUUCAAUACAUGUAACCCUCUCAUUUCAAUGUCACCUUAAAAACAAAAAUGAGAGAGGAUAGCAGGCACCUUCAAUGCUUAAAUGUUUUUAUCUAAGAUUUAUUAUAGCUUGAUUGCUUCUUUAAAAGUUCUGUAUUCUAUUUCACUGUUAUCGCCUAGUUUUUGUUAAUAAUCAAAACAUCCAUAAUUAUUUGAGGACAAGAAAUGUACGUAUUAUCUGGAUGUUCAUUAAGAAGUUAAUGGAUUACUGCCACUUUGAUCAAACAUUUGAAUGUGUUAUGAAGAUUUUCGAUGUAAAAAUACAUUUUUAGUUACUUUCAGUUAAAAAUGUUUUAAAUUUGUGUUUGUAAAAGUUAGUUUGUAUUUUCACAAACAAGUGACGAGUUCAUUGAAUUUAUGCCAAAAAGUAGGCCACAUGAAUUGCAUUCUGAUGGUAUUUUCUUUUGUUUUAGUUAGAUAGUAAUUUGUUGUUUUGUUGAAUUACUUUGCUUUGCAAACUAAUUUGUAUUGUUACCAUCCUAUAAUAAAUACUAGUAUAUUAACA